AUGACUGCCACGGUGCCGAGAAACUUCAGGCUUCUUGAGGAGCUUGAGAAAGGAGAGAAGGGUCAAGGUGCAGAGGCUUGCUCUUACGGACUUGCUGAUGGCGAAGAUAUGAUGAUGAGCAACUGGAAUGGAACAAUCCUCGGUCCUCCCCACAGCGUCCAUGAGAACCGGAUAUACAGCGUAAACAUCCACUGCGGACCCGAGUACCCCGACAAGCCCCCUACAAUCCAAUUUAUCUCUCAAGUCAACGUUCCCUGUGUCGACCAGCGAAGUGGAAAGGUCGACCCAACAAAGCUCCCGUGUCUUGCUCAGUGGAAGCGCGAAUUUACUAUGGAGACCGUCCUGAUUGAUCUUCGCCGAUACAUGGCUCUGCCCCAGCAUAAGAAGCUGUCUCAGCCGCCAGAGGGCUCGACUUUCUAA